GAGCAGUGAGGGGUACAGCGACAACCCGACCAGAGCUCACUCACCAACGCAUUUGCCUGUAUGUAAUGGAGAUUCGAACUAUUUGUUUCCCAAGAAACACCAAAAUACAUACACAUACAUCCCACCCCCAUGGUGUGUUGUAUGUAUUUGUAUGUAUACCCUUUCCUUCUCUUUUACAUGGUUUUUGGAGUGGUAAAAUAUGAGACAGCAGUCACAGCACCUAAUCCUAAUUUUCUGAUCUUGUCUUGGUCCAUUCUCAUGUGUAAAUCUUGGAUUAUUAAGUGAAAAUACAUUUAUUUAGUUGUACAUUUGUUAAUUCUAAAAAGGGACUUCUUGUUUUUAAAGUCCCAGGAUUUAUCUCUUUCAUCUUUACUCUCUCUUGUUCAUAAUUCACAAGUGAUAGCUUGUUUCUCCUUUUUAUUCACUAGGGUUUUUACUUUAUAUCUUCCUACUUGUUUAAAUUUGGUGUUUUUGUUCAAUCUUCACCUUUUCAACUUUCUCUAUUCACUUCUAUUCUUGUUUUAGCCCCCAUCCCCCCACUUUUCUUCUCUCCACAAUUACCUAUUUUCUACUUUUCAUCAUGACUAAUCCAUAUCCUAAUUACUUCAAUGGAGGAUGGUUCAAUCUCGAGUACCCUAAUAAUCACUUAUUUUCUUCCAGUUAUCCUUACAAUCUUGAUUAUGCCACAAGUUUGAACAACAAUUCUUUGUACCAAUCCUCACCCCCUUCUCCUCCAAUCAGAGAAGCUCUUCCACUCCUCAGUUUGGGCCCAACAAAGACAAGUACAGAUCAAGAACAAGGUUCAUCAUCUUGCAGUACGGCCAUGGAAAUGGACAAGAUCAUGAUCAAGGACAACAAUGAGGAAAGUUUCAUGAUGGAUUUUGAUGAUGAAUCCGUAACUAUUGAUUUGAAUUUAGGACUUCCUACACCAGAUGCAGCUGAUCUGAUCUCAGGGCUUUCCUCUUCUUCAAGUACUAACAAGGAUCAAGAAGUUACUGUUGCUAAUGGAUAUGGCUCUAGCCCUAUCAACAAGGGUCAGUAUUGGAUCCCAACCCCUGCCCAGAUUUUGAUUGGACCUACUCAGUUUUCGUGCCCUCUUUGCUACAAGACCUUCAAUAGAUAUAAUAACAUGCAGAUGCAUAUGUGGGGGCAUGGAUCUCAGUAUAGAAAAGGACCAGAAUCUCUAAGGGGUAUACAGCCAACAGCCAUGCUUAGGCUCCCUUGCUAUUGCUGUGCACCAGAUUGUAGAAACAACAUUGACCACCCAAGAGCAAAGCCCCUCAAAGAUUUCAGAACCCUUCAAACUCACUACAAAAGAAAACAUGGAAUUAAGGCAUUUACUUGCAGGAAAUGUGGAAAGGCCUUCGCUGUGAGGGGUGAUUGGAGAACCCAUGAGAAGAAUUGUGGGAAGUUAUGGUAUUGCACUUGUGGCUCUGAUUUUAAGCAUAAAAGGUCUCUUAAGGAUCAUAUCAAGGCAUUUGGAAAUGGCCAUGCAGCUUAUGGUUUUGAUUCCUUUGAAGAAGAGGAUGAACCAGCAUCUGAAAUUGAGCAAGAUAAUGAAUCUUCUCAGUAAUUUGUAUGAAAAUCUAAACACUGUUGAGGUCUAGAUCUAAGUCGGAGGGAAAUGUGCAUGAGUAUCAGUUGAAGAGCACAUUUCUUAAUUUUCUUUGUUAGCAAUUUCUUAUGUUGUUCCCAUGAGUAUUAUCAACUGAUGAACACAAAAGUCUGUCAAGAACAAUUUCCCUUUGACGCUUGUGUCACUGUUUAUAUCUAUUUCUUUUCCAUUU